AAUGUGCAGUACUCUGAAAACAUUACUCAUAUGUACACCGCAUUUAAUCUCCCAAAUUUUUCCAUCAACUGCUAAAGCAACACAUUCGUUUUCCUGCCCAAUGCACACAAAACUUUUCCGCUGCAAAACUUAUGAAUUCAUAAUGAACUUGAAAGGAACCAAAUCUAUUGAUUGAUUGAUCAUGGUCGUCAGCGACCGGUACCCACAUGCAAUAUCGAAGGGAUCCACACCGAACCACCCCCAACGGUGGGUGGCGUGGGUGAAAUCGAACUGCGCCGGCAGGUGAUUGGUGUGAAAACGCUUCGCAUUAACGGGGUGGUCGCUAUGGUGGAAAGUCGAGGGUGCGAUGUGGAUGACCUCUAGAAGGUGUUGUGGUUUGAUUUUCCGAUUGGCGCCAUGACUGUUUGACAGCAGCUCGUUCCGCACAUUCAUUAGUAUAUAUAGUAUAGAAUGGGACGGGGAGCUGCAUCAGUAGCAUUUGCAAGUUCUAACCGCAGUGGUGUCCAAAAUGUUCCGAACAUCAGUUGUUGUCGCGUUGGCCUUUUUGGGAGCCGCACUGGCCUACGAGCAUCACGGAUUUAUUAGUGAAGUCAAGCACAUCCCGUACAAGUGGUAUGGCGGUGGUGGCGAAGGCGGUAUGAUGGGCGGUUUUGGUGGCUCCGAGGGCGGCAUUGGGAUCGGUGGCGGAGAGGAGUACUACAGUUACCCGAAAUACAAGUACGAGUACGGAGUGAAGGACUAUCACACCGGUGACCACAAGAGCCAAUGGGAGAUGCGCGAUGGGGAUGUUGUCAAGGGCGAGUACACCCUGGAUGAGGCCGAUGGAACCAAGCGUAUUGUUGAAUAUCACGCCGACAGCAAGAACGGUUUCGAAGCCAAGGUCAAGAACAUCGGACACGCUAUCCAUGAAGGCGGCAUGGGCGGAUACGAAGGUGGUUACUACGGCCAUGGUUACAGCUACAGUAAACUGAAGAAGUUCAACUGAUUUCUGAAAGCUGCUCUAAUUUUCAAUUUCCAACCUGGCUUAUGCUUUUUUGUGUAUAAUUUCCCAAACCGAGCUGUGAUCUGUACUGAAUAUGUGCGCUAUUCCUCAAUAAAAGAUUAUGAUUGAAAAUAUUUGUCUUCUUUUAUUACAAUUGAAGCCAGAGCAACAACCAUCUUCUUCUUGAUUGCAAAUAUAUGUCUGGUUUUCAAUUUUUCUCGAACUCCCAUGCCAGCAUUUAGAUACCGUGAUACAUUUCCCGGGUAAUUGGCUUCCACAGAACCACCUCUUCUGCUAUCCAUUCAUAUGUAUCACCAUUUUCCCUCGUCGGUCAGAGUGCCCAGGCCAAAAGGUUCGAGGUUGAAAUAAUUAAUCUCUUUAAUCGUACCCGCAUUAGAUAGCUAGGUAGAUAGAAGGACCACCGAGCGGCGGGAAAGGUCUCUCCGAUCGCGCUUCCUAGAAACGGAUUGACGGGGAAAUUCCCUGUUGGCUUUUGCAGAUGUACAACAAAUUCCGUUCCUUUGCGCCCAGAAGCUCGGAUUCUCCAACCGUGUUUCUGGACGGUACAGCUUUCUUCCAUUUUAGGACGGUGAUUAGAUCCGCGUAGAUGGAGAUCCGUAGCUUAUUUGAUUUCUGAUAAUUUCUUGGUUCUAACAUGGAAUAAUUUGACACCUUAAA